AUGUGUUUUGGUUAUUUUGAUUUCUACUGUUUAUAUGAAAUAUUUUAUUGUUUAAAUCAACGUUUUAAGCAAUUAAUUCAAUAUCAGACAAAAAUUCACAUUGAUUUAUCUUCAAUUCCAUCUAAAAAUUUUUUAACAUUUUGUUUUCAAUUAAAUCAAUUAAUAACAACUAGUCAAAACUAUCCUUUAUCGAUUGUAGCUCAUGAUCAACACAAACUUAAUUUAAUAUUAGAAGAUGAUUUAUUUCAAGAGACAUUUUCUAAAUUAAAAUCAUUAACAUUGUCAAACAUAGAUGCUAAAACUAUAUAUUCUAUAAUAUUUGAUAAACCAGCAAAGUUAUAUCAAAGCUUAGAACGAUUAAGUUUCCUAGAUAAAAUCAAGAGAGAAAAUGAAGGAAGCGAUGACAUAAAACGUAAGAAUACCAAUGCUCAAUUACCUCUAAGACACAAACUCGACUUUGUGUAUUUAGGCUUAUGUAGCAGUUUGAUAUCAUCAAAAAUGAAAUCAUUAAAAUAUUUGAAGUUAAAUUUUAUACCAUAUUGGACUGGAUGUGAAUGUGAUUGGUACACACGUUCAGAUUACGUUUAUUUAGAAUUUAUUGAAUUAGCAGAAAGAGAAAAAUCAUUAAGUCAUUUAGAAACACUUAUUAUUGGAGGUAAGGUAUUUUAA